CACCUGUCGGAAUUGUUAGUGGUGACAUCAAACUAAUUAGCUCUAACCUCUAAAAAAUUUUAUAAUUUUCAACAAAGGGCGUUAGAAUUAAAUUCUUUAUCAAUUUAAAGUAAUUACCUAAGUCAGCAUGAAUUAUUGAUACUACGAAUUGAAUAAUAAAAUUUCUAAAAAAAGUAUUACAAAAUGAAUGAGGAAUUACGUUGUGGAGAACUUCAACAACUUGUUCAGGAAGAAGAAGGUGAAGAAUCAUUAAGUCGAGGUGGAGAAGCUACUCCACCAUCAACUCCUGCCAGGUCAAAAAGAACUACUAAAACAAACAAUUAUACUCCUCAUACUUCACAAGUGUUAUGGGAAAGUAAUAACACGCAAACAUCUCCUAUAAUAAGUAAAACAAGUUCCGGCCAAGCAACAACUAGCCAAGGAUCCAUGAUAUCAGGAAAGACCUUCAAUCUAUCAUCAAGUCAUGGAAUUAACCAAUCACGUCUAGUUUAUGUCAAUGAAAAAGAUAAGCAAAGGAUAAAUAAAUCAGAUCAUUCAAGAAUCAACAAACACCGAGCCCCAUCAGUCUCUGUACCAUGCAAGCAUCAUUACUUUUUGUCAGAGGUACCUGAUGUGCGUAGAAUGGAGCAAGCCCUUUUACAGCUUCUAGAAGACUUUCAUAGUGGAAAUUUACGAGCUUUUGGGAAAGAUUGUAGUAUGGAGCAAAUGACCGAAAUAAGAGAACAACAAGAGCGACUAGCAAGGCUACAUUUUGAACUCGGUCAACGUCAGGAUGGUGUUGAUGGAGAUGGAGUAGGAUUAGGGCAAUCUAACAUGCGCCAUCUUCUUCACAGACUUCAACAGUUGAGUUUAUGUAUUGAAAAACUUCAUAAUAAAUAAUUUUAUAACUUUUUAGAUAAA